CGGAGAAUAGAGGGCCAGAAGCCGACAAGUGUGUUUUACUACUCGCCUUCUGAGGGGAGCCAGGGGAGAACACGGAGCGCCGCAGGGUAAGUUCACCGUCACGUAUGCAGGAAGCACCGGACCCUAAAAGUAAUCUAUAGUCAACCCUAGAAAGCAAUAAAAGGAGCGGGAAGUGUGUCCCGUUGGUGUGGCGGAAACAAACCCAGGCGGCGGUCAGCUGAUGCGCCGCCAGCGGGUCGGUCACCUAUAGCCACUCUGCACCAUGUCAGGCGGCGGGCGGCGGCCUCCCAGACCCGGUAUGGUGCCUGGUGGGGGAAUGGGGCAGGGGUGGGUGCCGGGGGUUAACAUGCCGCCCCUGGGGUAUGGCUUAGUGGCUCAGCAGCCCCACAUGGCAGCCCCCCAACCCCACAUGGCUCCCCACCAGCCCCUUAUGGCCCCCCAGCAGGCAUGGCAGCAGCAGCAACAGCAGCACUUCAUGGCCCAGCAGGCGGGUCUGGCGGUAGGACCAAUGGGAGUGGCGACCCUAACACAGCAGCAGCAGCAGCAGCAGCAACAGCAACAGUUCCCACAGCACCUCCAGCAGCAGUGGAUGGAGGCACAACGCAGGGCGGCCGAGGAGCAGCGCAAGUACUACGACCAGAUGAUGAAGCAGAGGCAGUUUGAUGAGCAGAAGAUGCGACUCAAGGCAUUCAGUGCGUCAAAGAAGACGGGUGUGAGUGCGGACACCAUGAUUGAGAGCAUUUUAGGGGUAAAGGAGGCACCCAAGCAAAGAUCACCACAACCUGUUAAAAAGGGUGGAGGGGCCGAGGAGCAAGGGGGCCACCCAGCAGCCGCCCCCACCAGCCAGGCACAGACUCCCCGCCAGGGCACAGCGGUUGACUGGAAGAAGCUGGAGAACGUCAACUCUCUCUUUGCCUCCCCCAAGAAAACCAUCACGUCUACCACCACCACCACCACCACCCCAGCAGAACAUCCCGUGCACCAAAUCCAGGACACCACAAGCAACGCAGGCCUUCCCGUCCCCAACGCAAACCUUCCAGCCCCAAACAACACAGCACCACAGGCCCCAGUUCAGCCCGUAGCACCUCUAGGCAUGGGAGACGUCACUGCUGGUGGGAGGAAGGAGGGAAAGAGUCCAGUUAUCCUCCCACAGUGGCUGAAGGACUUGAGUACUGUGCCUGAGGUUUACAAGAGGGCAGUGGGGCUAGUGGUGGGGACAGAGGGCUGGGUGGACACAAGUAGGGCUUAUAUGUUGUUGAUGAAGACCGCCCUGCCUCCGCCUCUUCUGGGAGUGCUGUGGGAGAUGGUGAACUGCACAGCACCAGGACAGCUCACCCAGGAGGAGUUCUUGGCGUUGCUGGCUCUUGUGGCGCUGGUGCAGUCUGGGCAGCCAAUCACAGGUCCUGACGUCCUGGCUGCCACCACUGAGCCUCUCCUGCCUCUCAUAGACCAUCCAGCACUGGCCCCACUGGUCCAGGACUACCUACAGAGCAAACAGAAGCAGCAGGCAGAGAACAACAUAGCCACAACCCAACAGGCAAAUGACGAUGAUGAAUUUGAUGACUUUGUGAGUGUUACUGUUACAUCAAGCAGCACUGUGCCACCUCAGGUCCCUUCUGUAGCAUCACAAGGCUUCACAGCACCAGCACAGGCAGCACCACAGCCGGCAGGUACUGGUGUGUGGCCCCCAGUGACAGCAGCGACAGCCCAGAAGCCUGAAAUCCCACAGGUUGACAAGAAUAAGGCCAUGAACCUCCCCAAGCUUGGCCUGUCCCCCGAACCUUCCCCAACUGCAAGUUUCGAUGAUGACUUUGAUGACUUCCAAAGUGCGUCCCUGCCCACUGCUCCUCAGGGAAGUGCAGUUAAUAGUGGUGUGUCUACUACUUCUACCAUCACUACUACAUCCACCCCUGCUGCUCCCACAGUCCUGCAACCAGAGAAGCCCGGGAUGGCGGAGGAUAAGUACGCGGCGUUCAGAGAGAUCACAGGACUGUCAACGCAAGAGACGACGGGAGGGAACGAAGGUGAGAGUGCAGAUGACAGCUUUGGAGAAUUCUGCAGCAGUGAGGUGGCCAGUCUUAGCCUUGCCCAGAGCACCUCCUCCACACUACCCAGCCUCCUGCAGUGUCAGAGUGCGUCAGGAACCAGCAACACCUCACCGAUAAGCUUUGAGGUCUACAGCACCCCACCCGAGGCACUCCCUGACACACAAACCUUCGAGGCAGAUUUCAGUAGUGCGUUUGCUCCCAAGCAGCCGGAUAACUAUGCCGACAUCCACGAGGCAAUGAAACGGGCGGAGGAGGAGCAGAAGCGGAAGGAGGAGAGCAGGUGGAGUGAUCCAUUUGGGGAAUUUGAGGAAGCUGCUCCACCUGCUGGCCUCUCUGCUCCACCCGCCUCUGGUUCCAAUGGUUCUGGUGGUUCUCUGCCUCCGCCACCUGCACUCUCUGUCCCCUGGCUCAAAGUGGGAAUUGGUGGGGAGGAGGAGGAGGAAGAUGAGGACUUUGGGGACUUCAUGGGGCCUACUGAAGGGGGAGGAGGAGUGAGUGGAGGUAGCCAGUCCUUGCCCCCUCAUCUGGAGAACCUGGGAGAGACUCAGUCAGUGGCAAGCCUUGAGUUGCCUGGCCUGGAGAUGACAGUGGGGGUGGAAGCAUCGGACACUCUCGGCCUUGGCUCCAACCACUCCCCUGACCUCUUCCUCCAGCCCAGGAGUGAUGUUGGCUGUCUGGAGGAUCAGUUUGGUGGCCUGAGCCUUGACCCCACACCAGCACCAGCGGGAGGAGCAAGGGGCAGCAGUGGUGGAAUGAACAACAACAACAGCAGCAGCAGCCUCGCACCCCAGCACAGCACCUCUGGGCCAGCAGGGAGUGUGAUAGACUCCUACUGGCAGCAGCGGGGGACUGAAAUUGUGACACGCAGCCCCCUGGGGAGGCCCACACAGGGUCCUGGGGAGAGGUGUCUGGAGGGGAGUGUGAAGCUGUUAGAGGAGGCUCACGGGAUCCUGUCCAGCCUCGCCCUGCCAGCCUCCCUCAAGAGCCAGGUCCUCGCCACCACACAGAUGCAGGACUACCUUGCCAACGUGCAGGAGGUGUGGCUGGUGUGUGGUCGCAUUGGCAGUUCGAGUCGCAGGGUCACCACGAGCACCAGGGUGGAUGAGCUGCUGUCCCAGGCACGCACGCUGUGGGAGGACAUCCUGGCGGGUGCGGAGAUUGCCAUUGCCAAGCCAGAGACAGACAGCAGCAGCGACGAGAACGACAACCAGAUGGGGGAGGGCGAGGUGUGUGGCGUGUGCCUGACGGGUGGUGGCAACAGACUGACCUACGGGGGACACUCAUACCACCCGCCCUGUGCUAAUUUGUGGCUCAACUGUGUGGACCUGCUGCUACCCUCCCUCACCCCCGUCACUCUGCUCUGACCUCCCCCUACUGUGUCUGAGGCUGCAGGAUAGCGUGCUGUAGAGUAGGUGAGCUGUAGCAGUGGUAGCAGUAGUGUUUAUUGCAGUAGUAGCAGUAGUAGUAAAAGAUUAGUCUUAUUAAUAGUAGUAGUAGAGUUACUGUUGUGGUGGUAGUGAUUAUUGUAGUAUUAUUUGUAGUAGUAGUAGUAGUAGUAGUAGUAGUAGUAGUAGUAAUAGUUGUAGUAAUAGUAGUUUAAAAUUCAUCUCUGUAAAAGUAAUCGUAUCAAUUCCAGUAAAGUUAUUGUCCAGAUGGUAGUAGUAGUAGUAGUAGUAAUAGUAGUAGUAGUAAUAACAGGAUUUAAGUCACAGCUUUAAUUCUUAGUUUCUGUGGAUUUGUGGGUACUUGAGUGUUCAGUGUGGGUGAGUAAAGGCGCGGGUAGGCUUGUGUAGCGGAUGCCAAGACUGUAAGGGUGAGGUGAGGCUGGGCUGGCAUUGGACUUUUGGGCUUAAUGGGCAUGCUGCGAGCUUAAGGAAGUGGACGAGGCUGAAAAAAUGUAUGCCUCUGUGUCGGUCAAUGACAAAGCACAAUGUGACGAUGUAUAGGUUUUUGUUAGGUCUAUUUUUGUGUUUGUAUAGUGGUGGUUAGGUGUACAUAUGAUUUAAGAUUUUUUUUUUAUGACAUCUUUUUUUUAUUUUUUAUGUAGUUUUUCUCCUCAACUGUCUGGUCAUUGGUAUGUUUUGUCAGUGGUCAUGUGUUGGCAUUCAAGAUGUGGUGUAAAAUAAGGGAAGCUGCAGGAAGCCAUCAGGCCUACACAUGGCACUCCCUAUGAAACAUACCUACCUAUCCACUUCCACCUAUUUAUUUUUUAUCCACUUGUAUUUUAUUCAUAAUCAGUUUAUACCAUUAUAUGUAUUCAGGAGACCUUUUUCUCUAUAUGGUGAAGUUGUGAUAAUGAUGUGUAUAUUUUUAUUCAUAGCAAGCAAUUGUUAGUAUACCACCUCAUGCUGAGACUAGCAGUAGUGACACUCAUUGUGCGACAACAGCCUGGUGCGUGGUUACCUUAUGCACUGCCUUCUUGUGUCUCCAGCUGCCAUUCACUCAGAGAAGUACAGUUAUGGUCAGAAGUCACAUCACCUGGUACAUUCACUAUCACUACUACUGGUACACUUCCCUCACUCUGACGUUCCCUGAUCCAGUGACAAUCCUACACAACAUGACAAUUGAUAGACUAACGAAUGAAUUCUUAGAUCAGAGGACGUAAGGUUGAAGGAGAAGUAAAUGGAGAGAGAGUGAGUUUUCCUUUUUACUUGUAUCUGCUUCUGUGUGUCAGUGAAUGGGAUACAGUGAAGGCAAGGCUGUUACUUACCAUGAGUGUUGUUACUGAGAGACUUGGUGUGUUGGAGUGCAGUGAUUUGAUUCUGUACAGGGAGUCUUUGGUUUGUGACAGUCUUGACUUUUCACUGUUUCGUGGUUACAUCGCUGGCAGUGCUUGUCCCAGUACAUUCCCCUUUGCUGAUAUCCUUUUUGUUACUGACUUAUUUCAUUAUUUUUUUAUUUGCAGUAUGUCCUCCAUGUGUUUUCUUUACAGAUACAGUACAGCCAUCCCUCGUUAUCCAUGGGGGUCAGGUAACAGACACACCUGUGAGUAAGGGAAAACUAUGGAAAAUUAUUGUCCUCCCUCAACACUUUCACUGCAAUACGAAACAAUUAACAGGUUCAAAAGCAAUGCAUGUAAUUUUUAUAAGCAUCUACAAGAAAGAAGGGAUGAAAAGAAUAGAAUUUUUGCAAUUUUUACCUGGUUUAAAGUUUGGUGGUGGCUGUAGGUAAGCAAGUAAAGAUGUCUGAGAAUGAUUAGUAAUUAAGGAAAGUUCCACCAAAUAGCAGCCAAAGAAUUAAGAACACCCCUGAGCCCCUAAAGCCUUGUUGAAGUAAAGAAAAACUGCAUGUACUUGGUGACAAACAUUUUAUCUAUCAAUUAACUAAAAAGAUCAAGAAAGAAAGCAAUGAACACUGGUAGGCUGCCUUUCAUCGCCGCCUCUUGUUAUUUGAAUUAGUGGUCAGCAGCUGUCCAUGAAAAAGUGAAACUGUGGAUAAUGAGGGACGACUGUAGUUAUAUUUUUAUGCCUUACAUUAUGACUAUAGCAUCAGCAUAAGUGAGUGACAUACUGCAGGUGCUUACUUAGGCUGCUUCCAACAUACACCAAGAACCAGUUCACGACAUGGCGUAGGAACAAAACUCAGUCGUAACUUGAGGACCUCUUGUAGUGUGUGUUUGUACCAGGCUGGCGUCCCUGUGAAGCUUUGGCAGUGAGUUGAGAAGACUUGCUUUGCCUCACUGCAGGAUGAAGAAUAAGAGGGAAGGGUCUGGAUCUCCUGUAAUGUGUCUGUACCAUACUGGCAUCCUCUUGAAGCUUUGGCAGUGAGUUGAGGAGGGUUGCUUUGCCUCACUGCAGGAUGAAGAAUAGGAAGAAAGGGUCUCCAAUCCUCUCAGCUCCCCAUUCCUCUCACUUUUCAAUGGAGUCAAGCGUGUAAAUAAUAUAAAUUUAAAGAUCCUACCUAUAAUAUUUCAGAGUAUUUAUAUAUGUAUGUAUGUAUGUAUAGUAUUUUAAGAGCAACACCACUAAUAUUCUACCGAUGGUAAAGUAAUGUUGUGCAUCUCUAUUCAAUCACAAAGUGUGUUCUGUUUUAUGAAGCUCAAGUGAACUGUUGAUGUGUGGCAGGAGGUAACCUUGCCAAGUCAGAUGACAGUGACGAAGAAUAAAAAAGAAAAUGGAAAGUGUACAUGAUGAGACAUAAGUAUGCAUCUGUUUUUCUCCCUCUCAGUUGUCUGUGUCCAUUUAUCUCUGGCAUCUGUCUGUGCGUCUGUCUAUUUUCAUCUUUGUAUAUCUUUAUCUGUCUGUUUUUCCCUUUAUUUCUAUCAUCUGUCUGUGUAUCUAUCUGUCUGUCAUCUUUUUAUCUCUAUCUGUCUGUUUGUCUCUUUAUUAUCUAUCUGUGUAUCUAUCUAUGUCUCUGUUAUCAUUUCCUUUACCUGUCUGUCUGUUUGUCUCUGUAUCUUUGCCAUAUGUGUAUCUGUUUAUCUUUCAGUCACCUGUCUGCCUGUAUCUGCUUGUAAUAUAUCCCAUUUCUUUACCUAUAAUACCUGUCUGUUUACCUGUAUUCCUCUUAUCUCUCCGUCUAUCUAUAUCCAUCAUUGGCUAGCUCUCUUUUAUUGUUUUUUUUCAAUUAUUAUUAAGUCAAAUCUAUCUGUGAGUGUUCUGUUGCUGUUCUCUCCUUUGCAGCACACAGAUGGCUUGUCCAGUGCAGCAUUACCUUAUAACAAAUACUCCAAGUUUAAAAGAACAAAGAAUCGAUAAGUAUUAGUUUCUUUGUACUUGCUCCUCUUACACCUCAGGAAUUUUUUUUUCUUCCCUUAUUUAUUCAUUGUUUUAUUUAUUUCUGUUGUUUUCAUAGCCUAUAGCACCAGUUGCCAGUUCUUAUUUGCUGCUACUUUUCUUUUUCACUGGGAAGUUUAGGUAGUGUGUAUUUUAUUUAUUUAUUUAUUUUUUAUUAUUUUUUUUUUUUUUUUGUGUGUGGAUCUUUAGUUGGUCUGUUUUAUUUAUUUAUUUAUUUACUUAUUUAUUUGUUUAUUUAUUUAAUUUCAUUUUAUUUAUUUAUUUUUAUUUAUCUAUUUAUUUAUUUAUUUUUGUUUAUUUAUUUAUUUAUUUAUUUAUUUUUAUUUUUUUUAAGGUUUAAGUGGUUUGCAUUUCAUAUUUUUCUGUGGAGGUUUAGUUGGUCUCUUUUUUUUUUUUUUUUUGCGUGGAGUUUUAAGUGGUUCGCAUUUUGUAUUUUUCUGUGGGUUUGGUGAUCUGUGUUUUGUAUUUUUUUGUGAAGGCCUGUGCAGUCUGUUAUAUAUUCUUGUGGAUGUUUAAUUGGUUCAUAUCUUGUAUUUUCAUGGAGGCUUAGGCUUUUCAGUUGGUUCCUGCUCAUGGUGGCAAAGACAGGUUUUUAAAGUGACAUCUUUACAGAAGCUCUUGCUGCCCCCAGAGCUCCCCAGUGUUAUCCCCAUCAAAGUUGGGAUUGAUAAAAGGAAGGAUGUGGAGAUCGUAACCUCUUGACAAAAGGUUGGGUG